AUGUCAGAAUCUCGAUUGACGCAAUUCGUUCAACGAGUAAUGACUCCAUUCAAUAUGCAAUGUAAUACAUGCCACGAAUAUAUUUACAAAGGAAAAAAGUUUAAUAUGAAAAGAGAAACUGUCGAGGGAGAAGAUUACCUCGGCCUCAGGCUUUUCCGGUUUUACUUCAAGUGUCCAAACUGCUUAGCGGAAAUUACGUUCAAAACUGAUUUGGAAAAUUGUGAUUAUCAAAAUGAGCACGGUGCCACUCGAUUGUUCGAAGCGAUGAAGCUCUAUCAAGAUGCUGAGAAGGCUAGAGAAGCGCAAGAAGAAGAAGACAAAAAGGAUCCGAUGAAAAUGCUUGAAAAGCGAACUAUGUUGAGUCGUGCAGAAAUGGAAGCUAUGGGAAAUCUCGAAGAUCUACAAGAGAUCAGUAGGAACAAAGAGGCUGUAGAUGUGGAUGGUUUUCUAGAGGCCACAAAACCAGUACUAUCAAUACCUGAGCAAUUAAAACUGCAAGAGGAGGAAGAUGAGGCUCUAAUCAGGAAGGUUUACGGUAAAACUGCUGAUGGAAAGAUAAUGAAACGAAUAGAAGACGACGUGAAGGAGGAGGAGGAAGAAGAUGAAGAUCUUAGUAAACCUGGUACAAGUGGAUAUAUAUGCAAGUUUCCUGAUCCUCCAGAUGUUAAGCCGUUCGAUAUAAAACCGAAUUUUGCCAAGGAUCCACCUAAACGUGCCAAUGAUCAAAAGUCCUUGCUAUCGAAGAUGGUGAUCGUGAAGAAAAAGAAGAGGGCCGAGUCUCUGAUGGGAUCGUGGAUGACACGUGAAAAUCGCCGACCACCACGCCCCAUCAUUUUCGGCGACAGAAUGCCCAGUACGCCACCGGUAUCGAAGACCUGCAAAAGUUUGAAGAGGUCGGGAAAAUUGGAAUUCGAGAGAGCAUUUACUAGUUAG